AUAUUUGUAAAUAAUUUUAUUUCAGUCUGAGCAGAAUAAAGUGGCUGCAGUAGCCGCGCAGCGCCACAACAGACGCUUCCUAUGAAGGGUUUACUUUUGACGCGCCGCUCGCGUCCAGUGGACAGUGUUCAGUUCAGGGUGGAAUUCAAAACGGCACGUUUACAAAUGCCAUAGCAACCGAGCGGUCACCUCUUUAAUAUACCGCUGCAGUAGACUUUAUUUUUUUGCGCGAAUGUGGAAUUAGCAGAAGGCUGUGCUGCAAUAUCUGGAUAUAUGAUGUGCGCCUGAAGAAGAGUUGCAAAGCAAUGAUGUCAUAGUUUUAAGUAGGAGCCAUGGGAGAGCAUAUGGUUGGUACCCGCUACCGAAAGGAAGUGUUGCUUUGUUAUGAGCAGGCGGCGCUGUAGCUGGCGGAAGAGGAGGUCGCCCAGCCCAGUGUCUCUUCGCCUGGAAUAGAGAAGCCGAGGAGAAGACGCGAAAACGGUGAGAAGACAAAGCUGCUACAAUGGCCGCGAAAUCCGACGGGGUGCUAAAGAUGAAGAAGAGCGAUGUAGCAUUUACGCCUUUGCAGAAUUCGGAUCACUGUGGUUCGGUUCAAGGGCUCGCUCCGGGAUCGCAGCCGGAUUCUGGAACCGGAGAGGUGGACUUCGUCAACGGGGAGUCGCGGUGCUGUGGCUCAAAUUCGACAUGUCUCCGCCUCGGCAGGGAGCAGCAGAAAUACACGGUCUGGGACUGUCUGUGGAUCCUCGCCGCAGUGACGGUGUAUUUCGCGGAUGUGGGCACUGAUAUUUGGCUUUCGGUCGACUAUUACCUCCGCCGCGACUACUGGUGGUUCGGACUUACGCUGUUUUUUGUGGUGCUCGGCUCGUUCUCCGUACAGGUCUUCAGUUUCCGUUGGUUCGUCCAUGAUUUCAGCACCGAGGAGAGCUCCGGCGGUGGCGGCGGCAGCAGCGCGGGGAACUGCUCCCACAUGGACGGGAAGCUGCUCAGCUGCUCCGCUUCGCACGGAGACGUUGGAGCCCACCCGUCUACGCCUCAAAGACAGGCGUCCACAGCGAGCAAGAGCAACACCACAAGCAACAGCAGCAACAGCGCUACUGCAGCCCGGACUAGUAAGACACGCACAGCGUCCUGUUCCCUCUGUAUCUGGCUGUUGCAGUCCGUCAUUCACAUCUUACAGCUCGGACAAAUCUGGAGGUACUUCCACACCAUCUACCUGGGCAUCAGGAGCAGACAGAGCGGAGAGAAUGACCGCUGGAGGUUCUACUGGAGGAUGGUGUACGAGUAUGCUGACGUCAGUAUGCUCCACCUAUUGGCCACAUUCCUGGAGAGCGCACCUCAGCUGGUGCUCCAGCUCUGUAUCAUCAUACAGACUCACAAACUCCAGGCCGUGCAAGGGAUUACAGCAGCUGCUUCUCUGGUGUCACUGGCCUGGGCUCUGGCCUCCUACCAGAAAGCCUUGCGUGAUUCCCGCGAUGACAAGAAGCCCAUCAGCUACCUUGCCGUCAUCAUCCAGUUCUGUUGGCACUUCUUCACCAUCGCCGCUCGCGUAGUGACCUUUGCUCUCUUCGCCUCCGUGUUUCAGCUCUACUUCGGCAUCUUCAUCGUGCUGCACUGGUGCAUCAUGACCUUCUGGAUUGUUCACUGCGAGACCGAAUUCUGCAUCACCAAGUGGGAGGAGAUCGUCUUUGACAUGGUGGUGGGAAUCAUCUACAUCUUCAGUUGGUUCAACGUGAAGGAGGGACGCACCCGCUGCCGUCUCUUCAUCUACUACUUCAUGAUCCUGUUGGAGAACACGGCCCUGAGCACGCUGUGGUACCUGUACCGCUCACCCCUCAGCACAGACGCCUUUGCCGUGCCCGCCCUGUGCGUCAUUUUCUCUAGCUUCUUCACUGGCAUUGUUUUCAUGCUCAUGUACUACACUUUCUUCCAUCCCAACGGGCCACGCUUUGGCCGCUCGGCCAGCCUGGUCCAGCUCGAAGACCCUACCGCUAACUUCACGCUGCCCCCUGAGGGCGCCACCAACUCCCUGCGCUCCAACCGCGGAGGCACGCUAGCCAGGGAUGCUGACCGCGAGGCCAAGUACAGCGAGCGGGAUGGUUGUGUGCCUGUCUUUCAGGUGCGGCCCACCGCACCCUCUACUCCUUCCUCCCGUGCCCCGCGACUGGAGGAGACAGUUAUUAAAAUAGACUUGUGCAGGAACCGCUACCCUGCCUGGGAGAGGCACGUACUGGACAGGAGUAUACGUAAGGCCAUCCUGGCCAUCGACUCCUCUCCGACCCCGCCACGCCUCCAAUAUAAAGACGACACAUUGAUUCAAGAGCGUCUGGAAUACGAGACCACCUUAUAGCCUGCGCUGUGGAAACACACAAACAUGAACACAUAACUGUCCUCUUGAAUAAACAGCAGGACUGUGGCAAUAACGUUUCUUGCAUACAUAGCAUCUAGCCAUGAUGUUGAUUGUCAUGGACAAACAUAGGCACAACAUAUUUGUGGACCAAUGAAAUAAUCUUUUUUAAACCGUUCUCUCGUUGCUUUUUAUUUUUUCUUACUUCUGUCUUGUCAGGGAAUAUCUGGGAUUCUAAAAGUCAUUGCACUGGCUGAUAUAGACCACAAACCCCUCGGUCCUCCUGAGUGUUGUACAGACCUUCAUUCCCAGAGUUGAUCGUCCUCAAACCAAUAUCUCCAAACUGCAAGAGGACAUCCAGAACACUUUAUAGCUUGUCUCUAGCAGCAAAUGCAAAACAAAGGCCUUUCCCUUUGAAACCAAGCAUCCAGUGCACACAAAAGGCAUUUAAACAAACAGACUACCCACCGCACUGGAGAAACAGUGGUCCAAAUAUCACAUCGAUGGUACACAAAUAAAAGAAAUUGCUGAUUAGCCUCGAGACGUCCUUGUUUAGGGUGCUGUAACCUAUCAGUAGUGUUUAAUCAGCAGUUCUGUACCAGUGCCAAAUGCUCCGCUCACACUGACUCCAUGCUGAACUCUGGCUCGACCACAAACUGUAUAUAUAAACAGGGCAGCAUUUCAACCAUCUACUUGAAUCCUGUACAAAGAAAAAAGAUGAGAAAAGAAAGUAUGUGAUCAUCACAAGAGUCCAAGACACUUGGGACGACAAAACAGGGAGAACACACACUCGUUUUCUUCUUCAGGAGAAGACAGUAGGCCAAGAAAACACCUCCUGGGAGCUCCCUUGGGCGAUCCGGCCUCAUUCACCUCACCCCUGUGGGCUGACAAGGAUCCGUUUGGUUCACAGCAGAGUGGGGGGCAAAGACCAUCACAGUUCACACAGUGUCCGCCAAACUGUACCCGACAGAACCUGGAAUCGCUUCAUCUUCUAGGUUAAAGAUACAGUGUUCUUAUAGGCUGGGUCAGGUUUUGGUGUGUCUGUGUUUUGUGUGCUAUACCAGUACAGUAAAAUGAGUUUAAGGCGCACAUAUAGACAAUAAACGGGGUGACUCUUCAGCAUCUCAACACAUCCGGAAAGCCGGCGAAGCGUACUAUUCCAAACUCUGCAGUGCAGUCAAGACUCUCUCCAUGAGACUCUUCAAUUGCCAACUCACAGUCUACAAAUCAAAGUGUCAGGGAUAAGUAGUCUGCGACAGAUUGCAGACUUGCUAAUGUGCUCCGAAUGACGUUCCGGGCCUCAUGGUUCAACAAAUCACAUCUGCCUAAAAGAGCACUGUAUCUUUAAAUCAGCCAAGAGCAUCCUUUAUAUAUGAAAGUUUUGGAUUUAAAUUUUCCGUUCAGUUGCAAGUGCUUCUUUGUGUCUUUAUGUUGAAUAUUCGAAGGCAUUUAUGGAGACAUGGAAGUGAGGGCAGAAAAUAAAAAAAUAAAAUAUAAUAGAAAACAAGCACAAAACUUGUCACAGGAAGGAGUCUCAGAACAAUGAAGGAUUUCUUCGGUUGUUGUUUCACUUGCAUCGAGAGACAAGGUGAAAUUUUACUGCAACAGAAGCUAGAUGUGCCUGUUGUGGAUAGUUUGCGAUUUUCAAAAUGCGUGAAAAAUGUUUUACGUGUAACUUUUUUUAUGCUCCGUUUAUUUUGGUUUUCUUUUUGGGUUUUUGAUGGAUUUUAAACAUGUGUCUUACAAAAUGGUUGAUCUUAAGGUGCACAUUAUUUUGCUAAAUGCCAUUUAACUGUUUGGAGAUGACUGAUAUAGGACAGUUUAAUUCGUUUUGCUUCAGUUGGUCAUAUCUGAACAGUAAUUUGAGUUUUAUUGUAGUUUAAAACACUCCUGAGGUGUUGAAACGUCCUACCAUCGGUGGUAAGUGAACUGACAGCAUAGUUGUUUUACCCUGCAGCGAUCUGCACACUUGCAGAUGAAGAUCCUAAUUGUGUUGCAACUAAAAAAAUAAAACUAAAAUAGAACACACACACACACACACACACACACACACACACACAGACACACAAAGAUUUAGAUGAGAUCGUAUGAAUUUAUAACCAGUACCACAGUGAAACGUAGACCUGUAUAUUUUAGCUAUUUUGCUACUAUCCUAUCUUGUCAGCAUUGUGUCUUAUACUUUCAUUUCUCUGUGUGAUGGAUGAUGAUGAUUCUUUGUCUUUUUGGCAAAAUUUUCCACACAGCCGUCUAAAAGAGUCCCCUGUAGUCAGAGCACAAAAAAACUUGUGUUAGCACACCAAUUAGGCAACUUUCAGAUUUAAAUUGCCACACCACCUACACAAGACCAUUUUUAAAGGAAGACGAGCAAUGUAUCGCACACCUCUGCGAUAUUGCAUAUCCAUCAUUUUCAAAAGCAUCCUACAUUCUUUUUUAGCUUUCCCAUAAAUACUGUGGUAUUUUUGUUUCAGUGAUACCCCUAGCAUACUGCACACUGCCAUUUGGUUCAUUUACAAGAUUGUGAGCAUUUUGAAUCAGUUGGCAAACAUCGAAUGACUCGGAGAGCUGAAAUGAAAAGUGGCCAUUUUUUUUAUUAUUCAUAGGAGAAGCUUUCUUUUGCUUUUUUAGCUUUCCCAUAAAUACUGUGGUAUUUUUGUUUCAGUGAUACCCCUAGCAUACUGCACACUGCCAUUUGGUUCAUUUGACGAAGAGAAACAACCUACAACACUGGCUGUCAGUGAGUUUUGGUGACAUUCAUUAUUCAGCCAUUUAUCAAUUGCGAGGCCUCAAUUUUUUAAUGUUGAAAUAUGACAUGAAUUUUAAACUCUCAAUGCAAUGCGAUGCAUUCAGCACAUGCAGAAUGAAUCAAGGUCUUUACACAAAAGGCUGUGCUGAUGUUUGGAGAUGCUGAAUAGCCUGUUUUGAUGCCAUAUUCCCCACACAUGCCAGAUUAUUAAUGUAAUACUAUUAAAAUCAAAAUGAUUGGAGGGGUCCCGCACAGGUCACAAGAAAGAACUCUGAUCAGCUGAUCAGUUAAAGUAUGACGUUUUGAUUAAAAAUUAUGAGGUCAGAAUUGCAUACGUAGUCCUACCUCUUAACAUGGUGGUGACGGAAGACCAACAGUGAAAACUUUUAAGCUAAUCAUAACGUUACAGCUACACUAUAUGUCUUUGUUUUGCACUUCUAGUUCUAUUUUUCUAUUAGGGUUUUAUCAAUGAACCUAGAGAUAUCAUAGUCAACCAUUUCUUCGCACUGGAAAAACUUAAUUCAUACCUGUAACCUACCUCAAAGCGGUAUUUUAAACAGACCACUCUCCGGCUCUAUAGUUGUUGUUGUGGCUGAUAUGAAGGAAUUUAUUGAGAUGGAGUCCCCGUGUAUGAGCAGAGGAGUUGGAGACUGUUCUGUUUAUUGCCGGUAUAUCAGUAGAGCCGAGUUCAAAAGCAGGACAUAUUUUACAACAAUUCACAGCAAGAGAACAUUCAAUUCAUGCAAGCUGAUUCUGUUUUUAUUUAUUUUUUUAAAUGACACCCGACUUUUUGGGGAUUCAUUAUUCGUAAGUGGCAUUUUCUGUUUGUUUAUUCUGGUUUAGUUUUAGUCAUGCACAUGAUGCUCCGGUUGCUGUCAUGCUAGUAUGACGACGUUGCAUUAUUGAUUAGCAUACUUAUACUGCAAGCGGACACAAAGAAAGCAGACUGAAAUGAAAUUGCAUAUGCAGACAAACAAUCAAAAUGACGACCCAGACAGUCAGGGGUCACGGGCGGUGCUGUUACAAGAUUGUAAGCAUUUUGAAUCAGUUGGCAAACACCGGAUGACUCGGAGAGCUGAAAUGAAAAGUGGCAAUUUUUUUUAUUAUUCAUAGGAGAAGCUUUCUUUUGUUGAAUAAACAAAUUGAUGAUACUCCCUUACAUGUAGACAUAGAUACCUAGAUAAACUAGAAUGCCAUAAAUGAAAUUUAGAUAAACGAUAACUGGUGGUAAUUUAUAAAGCACGAUAUUAGUACAAGCACAGUAAAUGAACUCGGUGGCAUUCAGAAAUGAUGUACAGACUUUACUGGUAUUUCAGUUACAACGGAAGUUCCAUAGUGACUUGCAAAAGGCUAUUUAACUGUAAAUAAAUGUAUGCAAAUGUACAUGUGUAAAAGAACAUUCCUUUCUGAGUCCUGGUCGUGAAGGGUGUCUAUUGACUAGAGAUCGGCAGUUACAUAUGACAUAAUACAGAUAAAAACUAGUGUGGUGUAUGUGAUGUAUUAAAUGACAUUAAAAAAAAAGCAAAAAACAAAAAAACUUUAUUAUUGGUCUCUUAAGUCAGUUGUAUUAUGUGAUGAAAGUCUGAAGUGCGUAAAAUGCAUUAAAUCUGUUAUCUGAUUUCAUUGUAAAUUGAAGAGUAAACACAAAAUGAAAGUUAAAUUUUUGUACAUAUUGGAUUUUUGUAAAUUUUUAUUUGAUUCUAAUGCAACACAAAGUACCAAAUUCAUUUAAUAAAGUACACUGUGGUCAUUUUGUUAGACUUGCAAUCUUCUUUUGGAUUUUGCCGUUGAUGUGUGAAUAGGGAGCAUUUGAAAUUUUAGAAUGUCUAACUAUUUCAAGGUUGAAAAAAACACUUGUGAUGAGCAAUGCUGCUUUUUCAGAACCAGUCUGUUACAAAUGCAAGGUUUUGUGGUUAGUUUGUUUGAAUAUGUAUUCUCACACCUCGUAUGAUUUAAGGUUUUUCACCUUAAUUAGAAGAGACUCCUGGAGAAGGCUGAAAGAAAAUUAGGAGCACAUGUAUAAUGCAACGAGAGAUCAUGAAUAAUAAAGAUUUUCUUCCAAAAAAUA